CCGUACAGAGUUAAGCCUCGCGAUGGGGCGGUUGAGGUUCUUGUCAUCAGCUCGCAGAAGGGGAACGCCAUGCUGUUUCCGAAGGGUGGAUGGGAGUCUGAUGAGACUUUAGAUCAAGCUGCGUCGAGAGAGGCUCUUGAAGAAGCCGGAGUCCAGGGAAAACUCGAGGAUGCACUCGGGAGCUGGAAGUACAAGAGCAAGAGGUACGGGACGUAUUAUGAGGGGAUCAUGUUUGCUCUGAAUGUGACCGAGGAACUCGCCUACUGGCCGGAGAUGAGUUCGAGGAACCGGAAGUGGGUUACGAUCGCCGAAGCGAGAGAGGGAUGCAGAGACUUGUGGAUGAGAGAGGCUUUGGAAGUCUUGGUUUCAAGACUCGAACGAGAGAAAAGGAUCAAGGCGAUUCAAAGAGUGUAAAAGAGAGGAAUUUCAUAGGCGAUGUAGAUAACAGUUAUCGGUGAUCAUUCAAGAUUCUUUCAUUGGUUCAUUCUUUAGACGCCAAUUGAUUCUUUAGGAAAUAUUUUUGUCCAGGAUUCAAUGUAAUUGACAGUUUUGCGCCCACUA